AUGCAGCACACGAUGGACAAACUGAAGGCAGCCAUUCUGAUCGUCUCCGAUACGGCCUCGCAGGACCCCGCUUCGGACAAGACGGCCAAUGCCCUCGCCCCCAUUCUCGCGGCCGAGGGGAACGGCGGAACUGGCUUUGCAGUCAAAGACAACACGCCCGAGGCGGUGUCUCCCCUGAUCCACCGCCAUGCCCCGGGCCUUGUCCAUGGCAUGAUCGCCGCUUCGCUGAAAGUAACCCCAUUUGCGAUGAUGGCCAGACCCGUUGCUGGAGUCCGAGACAAAUCCUUGAUCAUCACUUUACCCGGAUCCCCCAAGGGAGCUAUAGAGAACCUUGAAGCCGUUGUCAAACUACUUCCGCACGCCUGUCUACAGUCUGCUGGCGCCAAUUCUCGCAACAUGCAUGCCGCUGGAGUCCAGUCACUAGAGGCCGAAGCUGGUAUCAGCUCCGGCGCCAACUCGGCGCCUCUGUCUCAUCGCCCGAGCCACUGCAGCCAUCACCACGGCCCGGGACAUGUAGCUCCAAAGGCACAUACCUCAUCCAACCGACCCCAGUCAAAUGACCCAGCUGCGGGUCCCGGCCGUCGGUACCGUUCAUCUCCUUACCCCAUGCUCUCUGUAGAGGAAGCCCUUCUGCAGAUCAGCGAGCACACCCCCGAACCGACUGUUAUCGAAAUCCCCGUGAACACUGCCAUCGUGGGCUCUGUCCUUGCAGAAGAUGUCUUUGCGGCCGAGUCCGUCCCGGCCUACAAGGCCAGUAUCGUCGAUGGCUACGCCGUCAUUGCCCCCGAUUCCACGAACGGUGCCCCGAGUACGAAAGGUGUCUUCCCUGUAGCAUCGAUCACCCAUGCCAAUGUUGGCGGCUCCCUAAAGCCCCUCCAACCAGGCACCAUCGCAAGAAUUACCACUGGAGCCCCUUUGCCCCCGAACGCCAACGCUGUAGUCAUGGUCGAAGAUACUGACCUCGUCUCCACCACCCCCGAUGGAACCGAAGAAGCCACCAUCGAGAUUCUGACCGGAGACAUCAAGCCCGGCGAGAACGUCCGCGAGCCUGGCAGCGACGUCCGUCUCGGUUCAAAGAUCCUCUCCCGAGGCGAUAUCAUCUCCCCUGUUGGCGGCGAGGUUGGUCUCCUCGCUUCCACCGGUAUCAGCACUGUCAAGGUCUUCAAGAAGCCCACAGUAGGCGUCCUGAGCACCGGUGAUGAACUCGUGGAACAUGACGACCCUCGCACACUCACUGGCGGUCAAAUUCGUGACUCCAAUCGCCCUUCUCUUCUCUCCUGCCUUUCCUCGUGGGGCUUCCCAACCGUUGACCUGGGCAUUGCCCGUGAUACUCCAGCCAGCGAGCUUGAACACGCUCUACGUGACUCCCUGCGCGGUGUCGGCCGUGCCACUUCCAGCGUGGACGUGAUCGUGACCACCGGUGGCGUCUCAAUGGGCGAACUGGACCUCCUCAAACCAACUAUCGAACGUAACCUCGGCGGCACCAUCCACUUCGGCCGUGUUUCCAUGAAGCCUGGAAAGCCUACCACCUUCGCAACAGUCCCCUUCAAGGAAGCAGGCAGCGGUGCCGUCCAACAAGAACGCAAGUCAAAACUCAUCUUCUCGCUCCCCGGUAACCCAGCAUCUGCCCUCGUCACGCUAAAUCUCUUCGUCCUGCCCUCCCUGCACAAGCUCAUCGGCCUCGGCGAGAGCUCGCAGGCUUUGAGCACAAAGCCAUGGCUCGCACCGCAACUCGGUCUGCCUCGCGUGGCCGUUGUUUUGACUCAUCACUUCCCUCUUGAUCCCAAGCGUACCGAGUACCACCGUGCGGUGGUCACGGCUUCGCGCUCGGACGGCCGGCUUUAUGCCACCAGCACGGGAGUCGAGGGCGUGGGACAGCGCAGUUCGCGCGUGGGCAGUCUAGCCAGCGCAAACGCACUGGUUGUCCUACGCCGCGGCCGUGGAGUCGGCAUCAAGGGCGAGAUUGUCGAGGCUUUGAUGAUGGGUGGUGUGUAUGGCUCGGAUACUCGACUCAUUUGCUAA